AUGCCGAGAGGUCGCCCAAGAACUAUCGCUGAGGAAACAACACUGUCCUCACAAGACACUAUAACACCUGAGCAAAUCGACACCGACCUGCAAGCAAUACACAACCGAAUCGCCAAGCUUGAGGAGCUCCGCGUCGCCCGCGAAAACCUUGCCCGCCUAGAAGCAGAGGUUAUCAACCCUUCCGAAAUAGGUUCAGUAGUGAACCGGGACCACCCAGGCAACCACCCACCAGAGAGUCACACUGAAGAGCUAAAGAUCAAGAAUAUCUCAACCUUCACGCUGAAUUUCAACCUACAAAGACGCCAGGAUUGGCUCCUCGACCUCCGCUACACCUUUCGGGGUGCCCCCCGAAAAUACCGAACAGAUGGGAAGAAAAUCCUAGCCGCCCUCAACUUCCUUGAUCACACCUGUCGGCAUAGAUGGUAUCGACAUGUGGAAGAGAAAUCUAUUGAGGAGCGCCAAAACAUUGAAGAUUCAUGGGCAUACUUCGAAGAAUGGACACUUAGCCUCAUUCGGAAUACAACCACCCUCCAGGCUGAUAUAAUGGACCAAAUCGAAAGGACCUGCCAGCUCCCCAAUCAGGACCCUAGAGAGUUCCAUGCCUACCUUGACACCCUAGAACAACAUUUCCCUCGACAAGCAGAAAAGGAACGUGCACUCUCCUUUUUCGCUAAACUCCAGGGCAACCUCAAGAAAUAUAUUCGAGAACAUCACAUUAAGCUGCCUGAAGGACGAGAGGAGAUGGUCUCCCUUGCCACCCACUAUUGGAACCUCCUAAAACCAAGUCGCAAACGAAACUGGACCGAAUCUACCACAACUAGUGGCCAAGAGCAAGAUGACCCCAAACGUCGCAGAUACAAAUAUUCAGCUCCUUAUCUCAAAACUAAGUGGAAACAACCUACUGGCCCAGACGGCAAGCCUUACCACUGCUAUAUUUGUGACGCCACCGAUCACCUUGCAUCCAGGUGCCCCAAGAAGACAAAGAUUCAAUCAGUCCUGAAUAACCAGAAUAUUCAGUCAGAAAUGGGAAACGGGGAAGAGUCGAAGUAG